CGCUGCUGCUCCAUUUGGAGUAAAAUGGCACCGGUAGACUACACGAUAUGUGGAUUAGCUGUAGUUAUUUUCGCUAGUUGGUGCAUAAAUUGGCUUCUACAUAUAUUUGCAAUCGUAUAUGGAAAAUGGAGGUUAUCUCACAAGCUUCCUCCCUAUGUAGCAGAAGAGCUCCCAGCAGUAUCAAUUUUAAAACCUUUAGUUGGAGUAGAUCCACAUUUAUAUGAAAAUCUAGAAACAUUUUUCAAGAUGAAAUAUCCCCAGUAUGAGCUGUUGUUCUGUGUUCAAGAUGAGAUGGAUGCAGCUUUAAUGAUUGUACAGAGUCUAAUACAGAAAUACCCUAAAGUAGAUGCUAAAUUAUUUAUAGGUAAGUGGAAAAAAAUCGGAAUAAAUCCCAAAAUAAACAACAUGAUCUUAGGUUACGAUGCAGCUAAACAUGAUCUAAUCCUCAUAUCAGAUAGUGGUUUGAAAAUGGGCGAAGACACCCUGCUGGACAUGGUGUUGCUGAUGACGGAGAAGACAGGGCUGGUCCACCAGUUGCCCUACAUCUGUGACAGGAAAGGAUUCUCAUCACAUAUAGAAAAAGUAUUUUUUGGCACCCAACAUGCGAAAAUGUACCUGUGUGCUAAUGGCCUUGGAAUCAACUGCACGACGGGGAUGUCAUGUCUGUUCAGGAAGGAGGUCCUCGAGGAGGCCGGGGGCAUGACCCAUCUGGGACAAUAUCUGGCUGAAGACUACAUGAUGGCACAGGCUUUUGUUGAUAGGGGAUGGAAAGUUCGGAUCAGCUCCCAGGCGGCCCAGCAGAAUUCGGGAAUGUACUCCAUCCCUCACUUUCACGCCAGACUCAUUAGAUGGACGAAGCUCCGCAUCUCCACAGUGCCCUCCACCAUCGUGAUGGAGCCCAUCUUCCAGUGCAUGUUCCUGGGGGGAAUGGCAUCAUGGGCAGUGUCGUACCUGUUUGACUGGACAGCCCUGGUCUUCUUCCUCAUCCACAUCCUGGUGUGGUUCCUCGGGGACUACAUCCUCAUCAAAGUCAUACAGAGAGGUCCGCUGCCAUUCUCCAAAUUUGAGUUUGUGGUAGGUUGGUUAAUGAAUGAACUGGUUUCACCAUAUCUGAUCUUCCAAGCUCACUGGAACCCAGCCGUCACCUGGCGCUCACAGAAGUACAGAAUCCGCUGGGGUGGCAUCACGGAGGAAAUCAAGCCUCCCCCAACGAAACCGGAAGACUGACUGCUCCAAGCCUCAAGUCUGCAGCAUUACAGGGCCUGAUAUCCACCGAGUCUGACGAUGUGACGACAGUGUGUAUUAAUGGAGAACCUUGAGAGACCUCUCUGUUCUUCUUGUCGUUACAUUUAGUUGGGCUCUUCAAGAUGGAUGCUGGAAGCAUUUCUGGAUCUGUGUGUGUAAUUGCUCAAAGCAAAAUCAAAAUGCGUCGCCAAAAUCAUUGACUUGGAUCGAUAUUCCUGGAUGUCUGGUUCUAGACACGUGGAGCUCUCCCAGGAAUUGAGAUAUCUAAUUUAUAUCGUAUUGUUGCAAUGCAUGUGUAUCUGUGAGAUUGACCAUAUUGUGGUUUUGACCAACUGUGAAGACAACAAUGGCAUGCUCCAACUGUCAAGACUACAACGGCAUCCCGAUGCCGUGGUUUGUGGUGCCAGGACAUUGUGGUGUUUUGCCAACGCCAAUCUAUAUCUGACUUGCAUGUGUUCAAUGAAUAUGACCAAGCUUCAUUCCAUCCCAUGAUACCAGAUCAUGCAGCAAUGGUUCUCUCCCCUGAGUCAAGGACUAUUCCAGCAUAUUUUUUUACCGCUGAGAUUGCCGGUGGUUUCACCACCUCAUUGUAACUGUGUAAUGUGUCCAGCUAAGUCAGUAUUGUUUGUUUAUAUUGUCGUUACCAUGGUUUCAAGCUUCAUGUGAUAUCACCUUGACGUCAUGUUGGGACGGGUCUCCGCAUGAGGAAAUGUUUUAUUCAGUUUAUGAAUUCUAGUCCAGUUUGGAAGGUUUGAUAUUACAGUUAGGGUUGACGUGAGACACGCAGUAUAAACUACAUGACAAUUCCUAAAAUAAUAAAGAAGAAUUUUGGCUAAUUCUUAUCAGGAAUUCUAAAUAUUUUUAACACAAAAGAUAAUGCUCGAACAUAUCAGACAGCAUAUCAGAGAGCAGGGUAUAUCCCGUUAGGACAAUAGGCCAUAUUUUUGUUUCAUGUCACGAUCAGGUUUCAAAAUCGUGUCGAAUUCUUUUUGAAGGGAGAUAAAAUGCACCUUUUUUCUUAUUAUUAUUUAACUACAUUUAAUUUCUAUCAGGUUUCAAAAUUGUGUCGAAUUCUUUUUAAAGGGAGAUAAAACACUCGCCUUUUUUCUUAUUAUUUACCUACAUCUGAUUUUGAUCAGGUUUCAAAAUCCUGUUGAAUUCUUUUCAAAGGGAGAUAAAACUCACCUCUUUUUUUCUUAUUAUAUAGCUUCAUUUAAUUUCAGUCAGGUUUCAAAAUCGUGUCUAUUUCUUUUCAAAGGGAGAUAGUACUCACCUUUUUUCUUACUAUUUAGCUUCAUUUAAUUUCGAUCAGGUUUCAAAAUCCUGUUGAAUUCUUUUCAAAGGGAGAUAAAACUCAACCCUUUUCUUCUUAUUAUUUAGCUUCAUUUAAUUUCGAUCAGGUUUCAGAAUUGUGUCGAUUUCUUUUCAAAGGGAGAUAAUACUCACCUUUUUUCUUCUUAUUUAGCUACAUUUCAUUUUGACAUAGUGCAAUGAUGAUCAACACAGAAGUAUAGGAGUCAACUGUCAAUCCUAUGCAGCAUCUACAUGUAUACAGAGUUUACUUAUUCGUAAUAACAUGGACAUUCAAAUGCACCUAAAAUUACAAUAUGUACACACAUUAUUUGCAAGACCAAAGAAUAUUCCACAAAUAGGAAUAUUGUUUAUCUUUAGUAUUCUUCAAAAACAAUCAGUUACAGUGGUGCCAUCUGACUAAUUGUAAAGUGGUGAUUCCGCUAUUAGAUGCCAAUUGUGACAUUUCCAUUUCUAUUUCCAAAGUGGGCUAUUGUCAAUUACACUUUUUUACCUACAAUACAAGCUUUAUGAAUUCAGUGAUUAAAAUAAACAUUCGGAAAAAUCACAUUUACUUCACAAUCCAAUAAUACCAAUUCUGUCACCAAUUACAUAGCAAUUAAAAAUCAGUAAAUUAAAAUCAGUUACACAUCACAAAUCCUCAAAUUCUUAAUGAAAGUAAUGAAAAUAUUAGGUAUCAUAAAUAUGGUACGAUAUAGAUAUGAAUAUUACCAGUUACUUUUAAUGAUUAAUUCUCUUUAUAUCACCAUCAUCAUUUAGGUGACUUGAUCAUAGAUUGAACUGUUAAAAAGUGUGAAAUUAUGACAGCUCAGCAAAAAGAAGCAUUAUUAAUUUUGAGAUCUAAAUCAAAAAGUAGAUUGGUUCUACUGAUGAGUGAACAUGAUAUUUAAUGUACAAAGUUCAUGUCGUAGUUUGUCAGGAAGUUCCAUUCUCAAAUAUCACUGGGAGCCAAAGUUUUUAUAUUGUGAUGACAAAUUCAAAUCUUUAUGAACAUGUAUGUUUUACACGUCUUCCUCGGAGCCUUGAAUCUCACAACUGAAUCACAGUUUCUAUGUCAAAUGAUUAUUCAAACUUUUUCUUAGUUCUGUUUUCAAACAGCUCAGUAACUCACAGGGUGAUACUUCUGAAAGUAUUGAAGAAUACCAUGUCUUGCUUACGAUAGAUGUAGCACAACUCAAAGCCUGUUUCCAUGUGUAUCAAUUUUGGUGUAUCACUGAACCAUAAUUUUGUUUGAGAAGGGUACAGGGAUUCUUUACCCAACACCACUCUGCAAAUUCAGCAUUUUUUGUGCAAGAUAAUUGUUAAAUGAGAAUUUUACAGCAUGAGAUUUGAGAACCAUUUUCAUUUUAUACUUAUCUAUUGUGAAUAUUUAUGUUUUUGUAAGUGAUACUAUUUUUGAAAAUGGAGAUUUUGAUGUAAGUCAUGGAACUAUGCUGAUGCUUGUAUUGGUAUUGUUGUCCCAGGUCAAAUGUUUUGUCUUCAAUCAAAAAUGUACUACAGUAUUGAAAAAUUAAAAUGAUGAGAUUUUCUGGAUGAUUGUAUAUAUUUUUGAAAUAGUGCAUGAAUUUUUGAGUAUUUUUAGAUUGGUUUUGUUCACAGAAAUCAAAAUGUAUGCUUUGUGAUGAAAUUGUAUUUAUUCAAUUCAGAGUCGAUAAAUUUUUGUAUGAAAGGAGGCAUUUUAUGCCUUGGAAAGUAUUUUUAUGUCGUCAAAAGACACUGCUUCUAUUCUAAGAGUGUGAUGAUAAUGUGAUCAAAUCCGAGAGAUCAAAAAGAUUCUUUGUAGGAAUUAAAAUGUGGUAAGGAUAAAGAGCUUUCAAACUUCCAUUCACAGUUAAUUCAAUAAGACAGGAAUUAGGGCAGACAGUUUUAGUGCCUGUGUUGAAAACGUCUCCCAUUUUGCUCAAAUAACAUCUUGAAUAAAACCAUACAAUUUUAAUGAGGUUCAGGUAGCCAUAUAUUAAAAAACAGCAUCAUUUGAAUAAUAUUGCUGAAAAAGUGUGAAAAGGCAUGAAUAGGCCUCUCUUGGCCAAUCUAUUUAUUAAAUAUUACCUAACUAGUUAACACAAAUGGAAAGUGAUAACUACUAAACUAGUCAGUAAGAAUUAAUAGUUUUGAAUGUUCAUUCUUUUUAGUCAUUAUACACAUCUUGCCGAUAGAUAUUCAUGCUCGAAAAGUGUUUUACUUUUGUUCUUUCAGAGUUUUUGCUAGUCAUUUCUAACAGCUGAGAUUCACUUGUUUGGCCAUAUGCAAUAAUCACAGAUAUUUAUUUGUAAUGCAUGUUAAUCCAGUAUUUUUAUAUCUCCACUAGUCUGAUGGACAACACAAAGAAACAUUACUGACAUUGUUUUGCUCUUCUGCAAUAUUUAAGUUGAGCAGCAUUCUCAAUUGCCAGGUAGGCAAUUUGCUGAGAAAUAUUUGUUAUGUUGUUUUAUUUGUCGUCAAGGUUUUAACAAUAUUGCUUGUUGGUCUGACAUAGUGUUUAUGUAUGUUUUACACUUUAUUAUUUAGAUAUGUAUGACACCACUGUCACAUUGUUUGCGAGUUCUUUAAUCACUGAAAUUGCUGUUAAACACGAUCUUUUUUAUAACAUUAUGUUUUGAAUAUUUAAUGAUGGCUUUGAAGUAAAGACGAUUCAAAUAUUACACAUUGCAGUGUCAGGAUUUUGUGAGCAAAUUGACAGUGUGACAGGUGGUCUGUGUUGGUGAGUUCUUAGUGGGCAGCAUGGAUGUGGUGGGCAGUCUUACCUCCCCUGCCCUGUUGAAUGACGUCUCUUUGAGACCGACAGACAGGUGUCAGAGAGGCAGCUUUUUCUGUCUCGCCUGUGUCUCUCGCCAUGCUUCAGUGAUAAUUCUCAUUCGAUACUUGGAAAUCAAAACCAUCCUUACAAAUGCAUUUCCCUAUUUCCACAAAAGUUGCAAUUUUGUAAUUGUUGCUUUUGAAAUCAAAACAUUGUCUCUACAAAAUGGGGGGAACCAGUUUGGGGGAAAGUGAUUCAGAUCACAAAACUUAAUUUUAAGGACAGUGUUGUUUGAAUAUUUAGACUCAUUAUUUACAAGAAAAAAUUACUGGUGUUUCUUUUUUCAAAUGCAUAAUUUCUCAGUUUUGAACACUGUAGCCAUGUUAAGAGUCCAGUUAAUUUCUGCCCUCCCAGGUAUCGGUUCCCAACCGAUGUUCUAUGAAGUGCUGCCUGAUAAACUCAUCAACACAUGCAUGCCUCCAAGUCUGUUAUAUACAGUGUAUGUUUUUUGUGUUACAGUGUAUUGGCAACCACAUGAUCAGUAAACAUUUUUGGCUUUA